AACUCAGGAUCAGACCGACUUGUGGUUUAGUGAUGUAACAAAUGUGAAAAAUAGAGUAAAUGUCUGUCUUUUUAAUUAAAAUGUUGAAGUUGACCCCCGCCCUUCAAAAGUACUUAAAAUUUUAAUUUAGGCGACAUGUCCAACCUGCUGUACAUUUUCUGCAUUUCCUUAAUAAUUAUAAGUCAACCAGUAAACUCAACAGGCAAAUUCAUUGAUAAGCAAGCUACCAAUGAUGACGUAUCAACAAAAACUGUACCAUCAAAAUCAGUCCUUCUACGAGCAAUUGGAGGCUUGGGUAACCAACUCUUUAAAUUCGCUUGCAGUUACUCAUUAGCCAAAAAACAUAGACGCCCUUUGUUCGUGUACGUCCCAUUCAUUGAGAAUAACCCAGAAAACCGAAGCUUUGCAGCAAAUGAUCGCCAAUUUGUUCUCGACUACUUUCACGUGGAUCGUUAUGCCACUAUGAUAGAUGAAACAUGGAAAUUCGCCACCACGAAGCCAACCAAUAUACCCGACGAUAAUCUAUUGUCUCAAGACUACAACUCGUCCGCUCCAAUUUUCCAACACGUAGAUUAUUGCCAAUCUCAAGCAUUCUUUGCUCCCUUCAAGAAUCAUGUUGUGGAUGCAUUUCAAAUAAAAAUUGAACUUCUCCAAAGUUCUACCGUCUCCAAAUGGAUUCACCAAAUCAACAGUACUCCUGUCAGUGUUGCUGUACAUAUUCGGCAUGGAGAUUUCUCACCAAUGAUCCGAAUUCCUACUAUUUUUUAUCAAAAAGCAGUAAAAGACAUGAUAGCAAAACUUGCUCCUGUGAAACCCACAUUUUUCAUAUUUACGGACGAAUUUAAUCGACGCCUACUCCAACAAGAGUUUGACUUUCUAUUUAAUGCCGAUAAAAUUACAACGCAUGUGGUAUCGAAUCCCACCAGCACGAAUAGUUUACAAGAGUUUUACUUAAUGAGUAGUUGCAGGCACCAGAUCAUUCCAAAUAGCAGUUUCGGUUGGUGGGCUGCUUAUCUGAAUAGAAAUAAGGAUAAAAUUGUUAUAGCUGCGCAUCAUAAUCCAAGACUGUUUGAUGCGCUGCAUGGAAGAGACAGUAAAGUGGCGUUGUAUCACAGGUUACAAUACAGAUAUUUGUACUACCCGCAAGAGUGGUUUGUUUCCGACCUGUUUAAUGAAACUGUAUUUUAAUAUUAUCAACAACAGGAAUCCUAAGUAGAGAUAAGCUUUAUGUGUAUGUAUAUGCGUGUGUGCUUAGGUAUGUACAUAUAUACAUAAAUACAUAAGUCCUUAUUAAAAACUAUGCCACAAUUACAACUUAAUAAAUAGUGCUAUUACGUGAAAAUAUGCAAUAAAUAACGUGACGUUUAA